AGGCGAAUCACGUGUAGCAGCACCAGGGAGAGCUGUUGGUCGUCAUGUCUCUGCUGUAGCAGAGCUCCGAGUCUCAGUAUUCGCCUCCAGUUGUCGCCGCAAUUUGUUUUGACAGCUGCUUGUUUUCUUUUUUUUGGUCACACUUUUAUUUUAUUUUUAUUUUUAAUUUUUUAGCCGAAGAAUGAGUGAAAACGAUGACAUCGAAGUCGACAGCGAUGCAGACAAGCGAGCACAUCAUAAUGCGCUGGAGCGCAAACGCAGGGACCACAUUAAAGACAGCUUUCACAGUUUACGAGAUUCUGUGCCUUCGUUACAAGGGGAAAAGAAUUUUGUUAAACAGGCCUCCCGAGCACAGAUUCUAGACAAAGCCACGGAGUACAUCCAGUUCAUGAGGCGAAAAAACCACACACACCAGCAAGACAUUGACGACUUAAAGAAGCAGAAUGCACUCCUGGAGCAGCAGGUUCGUGCGCUGGAGAAGGCCAAGGGGAACACCCAGCUCCAGGCGAACUACUCUUCCGAAAGCAGCUUGUACACAAACCGCAAAGGAAGCGCGGUGUCCGCCUUCGACGGCGGCUCCGACUCCAGCUCCGAGUCGGAGCCGGACGAGCCGCCCAACAGGAAGAAGCUGCGCGUGGAGCCCAGCUAGACCCGGGCGGCGGUCGGCCGUCGAGACGAACUCUUUUUACCCACCAGCCCAAGCUCUUUUUACCUGUCCGCACCCAGUCCAGCCUUCUUAACGCCAGUCCAGAGGACAAGGUGGUGACUGUGUGAGAGAGGUGCUACUAUGUAUAAAACGCUUCUACCUUCCUUUAUCCUCCUGCCAAGCAUCCUGAAGCAUCCCGUCACUCCUUCCGUGGAUCCCCAAAGUAAGGCAGCUCUGCAGUUUUGAAGGACCCCGCGCUUUUCAAACCUCUCGAUAACCGUUUAUAAUCACACGUGGGGAUGAUGACAAGGUUUGAUGCCGUGAAAAAAAAGAAAAAAAACAUCCCUUUCUUUCUUUUAGGUUGUUUUGGGCAACCCCUGUUAUCGACUACACGACCGUUGACGAUUUUUAAUACGCUUAUUUUUCCAGAAAGGAAUGUGAAGUUGCUUUUGAAAAUGAAACGAAAAAAAACUUGCAUCUUCCUAACUCUGUUGCGGAAGAGGCGGCCCUCCUUAUUCUGUGCAGGUGACUGAAGUUUUUGUCUUUGAAAUGUUUGUGUAAUCAAAUAAAUUCUUCUAUUUAUAGUGACACACCAAAAUUAAUUUCCUGCCCUCGUCUCAACUCCAUCAUGUCCGACCUGAGAUUCUCCAGAAAACUCGUGAGGAUAAUCGAGUCGACCUGGUGGAUUUCCGCAGGUUCGACUACUUACUUUCCUGUUUUUAUUAUUAAAUAAAACGUGGGUAUAUUAAAAAAAAAAAAGGAAUCCUCUAAUGGAUACUGAAUGUUACACAAUACAGUUACAGGACAGUGACCUUUAUUUUUGUUAAUGGAAGUCCAUUUCUGUGUGUAGUAUAUUACACUGUAUACUCUUAAAUGGUGUCAGUUCUGCGAAAGAAAUGCCUUCCCUCCAAAUAUUUGCCUGUGCUGGGAAUGUUUCUCAUUUUUCUUUAUCACAGAGGUUAAACUAGUGUGUACAUAAUCAAUAUUUGUCGUUCCAUUCCAUGGAAAUUACAGGUAUGUUGUACAUACUGCCAAUGGUUGUCUUGCAAGUUGAGGCAUACCUUUAUUAUGAGACUAUAAAUAAAACUAUUUUAUCCUUUUUGGAUGCA